AUGAUUAAUUUACUCCACUCGAAUCACCAACUUAAGAAAGCUGUAAGCUCACCUGGUUUAGUGGUAAUAGACAUCUAUAAGGAACAAGAAUGUAAGAAAUUCGACUCAAAAUAUAAGAAGAUCCCAGUAACAUUUCCCCAAGUUUCAUUCUACAGAAUAGAUGAAGCUUCAUUUUCUGCUUUCACAUCUUUUGCAAGUGCUGCAGAUAUAUCCAGUUUACCAACCUUAUUGGUAUAUUCAAAUGGCCAAAUUCUAGUAAAGACUAGCGUUUCCUCGCCAUCUUUGGUUGAGUUGUUGAUAGAACAUUGUUACGAAGAAUACCUGAAGGGAGCUUUUUAA